AUGACGCCCAUUUCGAAAUCUCUCUGCACCAUUCUUUGCCGCCGUUUCAGCUCCCUCCCGAAGACGAAGCCCCUCUCUAAAAUCCCUCAGAAGCGCCGGCGGCGGGCGGUCAAAGAAGCUCAACAAGUUCUCACAGAAUAUCUCCACGCCACCAAGUCUCUUCCUUUCACCUAUGCGGAGCACAUUAGCAAGAACUCCACCGUCUCCCUCUCCAAUCUCAUGGCCAACGUCGAGUACACUGCAUCUGACUUCUCCAAGUCCCUGCGCAAGUUCCUCAGGUACCACCCAAUUAAUGAGCUCGAGUUCUUCUACGAAAGCCUUGGCAUUGGCUACGAUGAGGUUCGUGGGUUUCUGCCCGCGGAUAAGUUCUUCUUCUCUGAGGAUGGCAGUGCUUUGGCAGUUGCUUGCGGGCUUUCUGGUUUUGGGUUUCCGUGGAACGAGUUGGGCAAGUUGUACAAAGAGGAAGGUGCUAUUUUUACCAAGUCGCCUGAGGAGAUUACAUCGAGGCUGCACGGUUUCAAGGAUUACGGGUUUGGUAAUACUUCCGUGAUUGGUAUCUGUAUGGCUUUCCCUUUUGUCCUGAAUGGUCAACCGGUUGAGGAGAUUGAUGCUCUGUUUAAAGAUUUGAAGAUGCUUUUCAUGGAUUUUGAUUUAGCCAGCCACGUUGAAGGAAAUUUGGAUGCUUGGUACGAGAUGUGUAGAAAACUUAAGAUGUUCUAUGAUUUAGGCUGUGAGAAGGGAAGGGUCGGUGAUUUGAUGGGUAGGAGUAAAAAGAUGUUUAUAGAUGUGCAAGAACAAGUUUUGGCAGACAAGAUACGGUAUUUUACUAGGCUUGGUGUUGGAAAGAUGGAUGUGGCUUUGUUGCUUCUGGAAAAACCAGAACUCUUGGUUCUCGACCUAGGGGCACAAAUGUUUUCCAUCAUGGGAUUGUUGAGGCAUUUUGGAUUGAGUACCCUACAACUGGCUUUUGUUUCUGAACAGUAUCCGCAUGCAUUGGGAAGGAACAAAAUGGCCAAUCUCCCUCACGUUAUGCGAGCCAUGGAUUUGCAUACUUGGUUUUUUGACAGGCUGAAAAAUGGAGAUCAUCACUUGUUGGGUAGUUAUGCUAUGACUGAUCCAGCUGAAGAUUUCGAUAAAGAGUUUGCUGAUGGCUUGGAGAGGAUCAAAGUGUCGAGAACACCUGUGCAUAACAUGAGUAAAUUGGAUUUCCUGCAUGGAAUUGGGUUCGGGGAGAAUGCUUUGACGAUGAAAGUUAUAACUUUUGUGCACGGUACAAAAAUUGAGCUGCAGGAGCGAUUCGAUUGCCUACUUAAUGCAGGGAUUGAAUUCCCCAAGCUUUGCCAGAUUAUCAGAAUCAUGCCAAAGAUUCUGAACCAAAACCCUGAAAUAAUUGAAAAGAAACUUAACUAUCUCUGCAAUGAAAUGGGGAGCUCUUUGCAGUAUCUUGAUGUUUUCCCUGCAUUUUUGAACUUCAACUUAGAGAAGCGGAUUAAACCAAGAUUCAGAUUCCACAUGUGGCUCAUGGAAAAGGGUUUGGGUUCCAAUAACUAUUCUAUUGCCAGUAUGGUUGCAACCAGUGAGAAGAAUUUCAUACAUCGUUUACAUGGAAUUCACCCAGCCGUUCCAAAGUAUUGGUUCGAGCAUUCUACAGCCAAUGAACUUGCUAACGUCUGA